AUGGAGAACUUUAUAGAUACUGAUAUAAACGACCCCAUUAAGAAACGCUCUAAAAAAAAGUGGAGAAAAUCUUCUAGAUCGACUUUGCGUUCCAAUGCAACUUAUAGGUCUCUAAAAACGCAGAAGAUACUUCGCAAAUUGGUGAAAGAAUUCCUUGCCUUUAGAGUGUCAGCAGCAGGCGUAUCCUAUGUUGUCAAUGCCAAAUCGGUAGCCAGGCGUUACCUAUGGCUUUUUGCCGUCGUAUUUUCAGCCACUUUCAUGGGAUACAUGACGUUCAAUGUAGUAAAGGAGUACUUGGGAUAUCCUAAAAGUCUCAUUCGAGAGGGCUCUAUCGAAACAAAGCUGUCGUUUCCUGCAGUCACAUUUUGCAACUUGAAUCCUAUAAUGAACCACAAUAUUAAAGAGACGUCAGUUGCGAAACUGCUGAAGGUCAAGCAAAUGUUGCAAGAGGCAACACACGUCAAAACUGACGUCAAUUAUCAGGAUAAAUGCUAUGACGACCCUCUCUGCCAGUGGUCAUGGUUCAGCGAAACAUGCAAAUGUGUCGUGAGUCCUUGCUUGACGGAGUUCUGCCUCAUGUUCAACAGCACCCACUGCUCGUGCUCUUACAAUUUCUGCCGAGCAAAGCGGUUCAAAUCUUGCAGGCCGGAUUAUUCUCUCUCCCAGAGGAAGCCCGCUUGCUACUGCUCGAACGACUCCAUAUACAUAACCAUGCCCAACAAAACAAAUCCAGAAGAAUUUGACAUUUUGAAUUCUCUGAAUGAUUCUGAAGUUCGUCACAUUAUUGAACUAAUCCGAAAAUCUGAAACCUACGAUUUAGCAGAUGUCGAUGAAGCCAUGCUACCGACUCCCGACGACAUGGUCGAAUACGGUGUCAAUUUUGAUAGCUUGAUCAUCUCUUGCAGUUUCGAGGGAUCACGCUGCAACAGAGAAAACUUCACAGUAUUGUAUCAUCCCAAGUAUGGAAAAUGUUACAUGUUCAAUUUCGUUGGGGACAGAACAUCGAAGCUUGAAAAACCUUUGGAUAUUUAUAGCUACGGUAGCAGUAGUGGCCUGCAACUGAUCCUUCAUGUUUCGGAAGAGCAAGCCGUAGAUCUUCUCAAUCGUGAACUGGGAGUUCGUGUGGUGGUCCAUGAUCCGCGGGAUCUCCCUUUUGUGGCGGAAUACGGAAUCAACAUCCGACCGAUGGAUAUGUCAGCUAUAGAAGUGACCUUCGCAUCGAUUGAGAGACUAGGUCCACCUUGGGGUUCAUGUAUCAAGGAAGGAACCACCAUGGAUUAUGGAGGAAUGUCAGGACCUUAUUCCAUCCUCGGCUGUGAAAAGAAAUGCCGCCAUCUUCAUCUGAAAAAAGGAUGUAAUUGUACUAAGAGGCAAUUUAUAAGAGGAUCGGUUUUCUUGAAGACGUCGACUAAAGUUGAUUUUUGUAAUUUUGCUAAUAGUACACAAUAUGCCUGUAUGGAAAAAGUUAUAAAUAAUAUAGAAAAAGGAAAAGUUUGUAACUGCCCCCCACCUUGCAAAGAAACAAGGUAUAGUUACACUGUAUCGUCCAGUCUAUUAAAUGAAAACUAUUUUAGGGCUAUAAAGGCAAUUCGAACCUUAGUCAAUAAUGACAAUGGAGGACACAAUAUUACCAACGCCACACGAGAAAAAGCAAUGGUUGGAGUGAAGGUUUAUUACAGUACUUUUGAGGUAGAUAGAGACAGCGAAGUAGCCUCUUACAGCUGGGAAACUCUAGUGGCCAACAUCGGCGGCAACUUGGGAUUCUUCAUGGGCCUGACUCUAGUCACUUUUGUCGAAGUGAUUGAAUUUUUGUGGGAUUUCAUCUGCACAUCCAUAAGAAGAAGGACCAGCGAGUCGGACCACAAAAUCAACAAAAUCUAUACAUACACAAAAGCAGCAUAGAGAACUAUUUUUCGAUAAUCAUGUUACUGUCAUAUUUCAAAACAGCCAUGGAUCUAAUUAAA